AAGGUCCCAAGAGUAGAGUUGGAUCUCGCCUUCUCCCUGUCGUACCCAACGGCGUUUUCCCCUACAUUGUCCUAUCAUGCUUGCCGGAGGAUUCGAGCUACCGCGGCGGCAGCGGUGACGUAUCGGUAUCGGCGGCAGCGAUGGCGGCGGCGGAGUGGGACAGCCGGAGCGUGGCGAGCCCCACCGGGGAUUGGCCACCGGCGGCCGCCGCGUCCCCGAUAAAGGGGAAGGCGGCACUGCCGGAGUCGGAUGGAGGUGCCUCGGCGUCCGGCUCAUCGGAGGCCAAGGUCGACGAUGGCAACAUCCAGGAGGCGGAGUCGUCGCUCCGCGAGGGUCUCUCCCUCAACUACGAGGAAGCUAGAGCUCUCCUUGGGAGACUGGAAUAUCAGAGAGGCAAUGUGGAAGCUGCUCUGCGAGUAUUUGAUGGAAUUGACCUUCAAGCUGCUAUUCAGCGCUUCCAACCUUCUCUUUCUGAUAAACCACUCUCGAAGCGAAGUAACAAAUUACGGGCAGAUUCAUCAAAUUCAGGAUCACAGCAUGCUGCUAGCCUUGUUCUUGAAGCCAUUUACUUGAAAUCAAUGUCUCUUCAAAAGUUGGGCAAGGCAAUGGAGGCUGCUAAACAGUGUAAAAGUGUCCUUGAUGCUGUUGAAAGUAUCUUCCAAUGUGGCAUACCUGGUGUUAUGGUUGAACAAAAACUGCAGGAAACUGUCAGUAAAUCUGUUGAGCUUCUCCCAGAACUUUGGAAGCAAGCUGGGGCCUAUCAAGAAGCACUUGCUUCAUACCGCCGUGCUCUUCUAAGUCAAUGGAAUCUUGAUGAUGAAUGCUGCACAAGGAUUCAGAAGAGGUUUGCUGUUUUCUUGUUGUACGGUGGUGUAGAGGCGGCCCCUCCAAGCUUGGCUUCACAAACUGAAGGUUCAUUUGUUCCUAGGAAUAACUUAGAAGAGGCAAUCCUACUGCUCAUGAUACUAUUGAAGAAGUGGUUCCUUGGGAAGACACACUGGGAUCCAUCUGUUAUGGAGCAUUUAACCUUUGCAUUGUCACUGUGUGGCCAGACAUCUAUUAUUGCCAAGCACCUCGAAGAGGUUUUACCUGGAAUAUACCCUCGAACCGAGAGAUGGUAUAGUCUAGCGUUGUGCUAUUUUGCAGUUUCUCAUAAUGAAGCUGCAUUAAACUUGUUGAGGAAAUCUUUGAAUAAGAAUGAGAGUCCAAAUGACAUAAUGGCCCUCCUGUUAGCUGCUAAGAUAUGUAGUUCCAAUAAUCUUCUUUCUUCUGAGGGUGUAGAGUAUGCAAAGAGAGCAGUCAGAGAUGCCGAAUCAUCAGAUGGGCAUUUAAAGAGUGUGGCCCUCCAUGUUCUGGGGAGUUGCCUGUCCAGGAAGUCUAAGGUUGCUUCAUCUGAUCACCAAAGGUCUGUCUUGCAGGCUGAGGCUUUGAAGUCACUCAAUGAGGCAAUUUCUCUUGACCGUCACAACCCAGAAUUAUUAUUUGAAUUGGGGAUAGAGUAUGCUGAGCAGCGGAAUAUGCAUGCUGCCUUGAAAUGUGCAAAGGAGUUCAUUGAUGUCACUGGUGGAUCUGUCUCUAAAGGCUGGAGGUUGCUAUUGUUGGUUCUUUCUGCACAACAAAGGUAUUCAGAAGCUGAAGUUGUAACUGAUGCUGCAUUAGAUGAGACCGCGAAGUGGGAACAAGGGCCAUUGCUUAGAAUAAGGGCUAAACUGAAGGUUGCUCAAGCAUUGCCUAUGGAAGCAGUUGAAGCAUAUCGCACCCUUCUUGCUCUUGUUCAGGCACAACGGAAGGCUUAUGGAUCUGUCAAAAAUGGCACAGAGGAUAAUGAGGAUAAAGUGAGGGAAGUUGAAGUUUGGCAUGGUCUUGCCAACCUGUACUCUAGUCUUUCCUAUUGGAGAGAUGCAGAAAUUUGCUUACAGAAGGCUAAAGCCCUCAAAACAUACUCUGCGACAACCCUUCAUGUAGAAGGAAACAAACACGAACUGCAUGAGAAGAUACAGGACGCGGUAGCUGCAUACUUCAAUGCCAUCUCUAUGGAGGUUGAGCACGUCCCAUCCAAGGUCUCUAUCGGUGCUCUCCUCUCUAAACAAGGGCCCAAGUUCCUACCAGUGGCGAGGUGUUUCCUCUCCGAUGCCCUGAGGCUUGAACCCACGAACCGCAUGGCCUGGUUCUACCUUGGGGAGGUUCACAAGCAGGACGGCAGGCUAGCUGAUGCCGCCGACUGCUUCCAGGCGGCCUCAAUGCUCGAGGACUCGGAUCCUGUAGAAAGUUUCAGAUCACUCUGAUGGGUCAUCUGCAACAGCGUGAGGUUCCCUUUUUUUGUCGGCCGGUUUUCUCUUCGUCUUCCCCCAUUUUCGAGGCACAGCUGGGCAGAGACCAGGUGCCCAGCUAUCUGUAACUUGUUGUAUCUACAGUUGUCAGUGUGUACCAACAGAUGCUGUAAUUGGUUGUUGAGUGGCCUACAUGAUUCUUCAACCGAUAGCUCCAUCAGGAUCAGAGUGGCACUGGAACAGCUAUGCAAUCAUAUGAGCCAUUAUUAUUACGUGUAUUACACAGUAUGAAUAUAUGAUUAUAAUGAGUCAUCAGCUAACUUAAAACUACCGUUGCUGAUAUUGUAAUGUUUUGUAAUUUUUAUUCCUGUUUUGUUUAUCAAUUACCAGACGUGCUGAACAGUGAGCACACCACGGGUAAA